AUGGCUCCGAUGCCGCCCGUUGCUGCACCGUCGGGAGUGAAGAAACGCGGCCAACGUGGGAGCUACAAGACGCUCACGAUGGCGAAGAAAGCGGAGAUAAUUCGCCAGGUAGAAGGCGGCCGACCUCAGUCUGAAGUUGCUCGGGAAUUUUCCGUUUCCAAGCAAACCGUCUCGGACUACCUCAAGCAGAAGGCUAAGAUCCUGGAGGCAGCUGAGAAAGCAUCUGCGGGUAUGCAGAAAAAUUUCCGGGACGGCAGCCACCCGCAGCUUGAAGAGGCGCUGAGCAUGUGGUUGAGUGCCACGGUGGCUAGGAAAAUACCCGUGUCUGGCGAUCUGCUGAGACAGAAAGCAGAGACGCUCGCCCUGCGCAUGGGUAUUACCGGCUGCAAGUUCAGUGACGGCUGGUUGCGCAACUUUAAGAAAAGGUAUGACCUGGCCUUCAAGCGAAUGUGUGGCGAGAGUGGUUCCGUCGACCAAACGCUCGUGACCAACUACCGCGCCGACAAGCUAUGCGCACUGCUGCGCCAGUAUCCACCAGAAAACGUCUUUAAUUGUGACGAGACUGGACUUUUCUAUAAGAUGCUGCCCGACAAGACGUUAGCUUUGUCUGGCGAACCCUGUCAUGGGGGGAAGCAUAGCAAGGAGCGACUGACAGUUGUUGUAGGAGGCAACAUGACGGGGACGGAGAAACUUCCGCUCCUUGUGAUAGGGAAAUCAAAGAAUCCGAGAUGUUUUAAAGGCGUCAAAUCACUCCCUGUGUGGCAUGAAGCAAAUUCGAAGGCGUGGAUUACGCAAAACCUCUUCGAACAGUACCUUCGCAAGCUCGACCGCCGGUACAAACAGCAAAAUCGCAAGGUGCUGAUGUUCGUCGACAACUGCGGUGCCCAUGGGCAUAUCGACAACUUGAAGGCUAUGACAGUGGAGUUUUUGCCGCCUAACACGACAAGCGUGUUGCAGCCCAUGGACCAGGGCGUGAUCAAAAACUUGAAAGUUCAUUACCGGUCGCGCCUCCUGAAUCAGUUGGACGAUGACGAGAUCGUCUGUCAGGUCUGCAAGCCGGCGCUGGCGGACAGUGACUCCGACGAUGACGCGCCGCCCGCACCACAACCAUCAAAUGCGGACUUAGCGCAGGCCAUAUCGAUGCUGUUGUCUGUCUACAGCGACGGCCAGACACUUGCAGAGGUACAGGCCGACGUGGUCGCGCGUAAGCGUGCGUGUGUGCAGACGCGCAUAGCCAGUUUUUUCGGGCAAUCGGGCCAAUGA